UCUCACGCCCGUCAAAACCCCUUUCUCAUUCCCUCGCUCUCCCCCUCCCUUUCUCAUUCCCUCACUCUCCAGGUUUGCAUGUGAUGAUUCCAAUAGAGAAGAUGCAGUGGCAGAGGUUCAAGGGGGUUCUAAUGGUGGACGCGGAAAGGAUUUUGGGGGCUGUCAGAUUUGGGCAAUGGCCUGACCUGAUGGGUUUGUGGGGACUACAAUAAGGGUGGAUUCGGCCUGAUUAGAUUGCAAUGGGCGACAUCUAUGGUCGAAGGUUGGAUGAGGAUAGAGGUUUUCAGCGAUUGCGACUAAGAAGAGAUGGGUUUUCAGUUUUCAAUGAGGGGACGGUGGUGGGUUUCGAUGAGUGGAGAUGAUAGAUUUGAGCAGAUGUCGGAUUUGGUGAGUGAAGAUGAAGAACCGAGCUCGAGCAGUGCCAUUACUUCAGAAGUCGCCUGAUGUUUAUAAGGCUGCAUGUAAUCUGUUGAAGGACCCAACCGAGCAAACUGGCAUUGAUAACUUCAUGGUACAACAACUUGAUGGAACAGUUAAUGAGUGGGGCUGGUGCAAACAGAAGGUAUCAUGGUUGUUCCUCAUUUAUUUUUAUUUUAUAGGAGUUUAUGAUCCUUCCUGUUGGGGCAUCCACUUUCAAGGAAGCCAUGAAGAUGGGUGUCGAAGUAUAUCACCAUUUGAAGGCAAGCUUUUAUUUUGCUUAACAACUUCAAAAAUUGUCCAUUUAGGUCUCAGCUACAAACUUUGAUUCCC